AUGUCACUGCUUCGUUCAGUGUCCACCAUUUCAGUCUCCGACUUUGCCGCCCUGGUCGACGCCGCUCCCCUCUCGACCUGCCCCCGCAGCGCCUCCCCUGAACUCCGCGGGGCUCCCCUCCGCCGCAUGUCCAAGGCUCCAAGCAACCCCAUCCUGCGCACCAACACCCCUCCCCUCGCACGCAAGCGCAGUGUCAGCAACCUCGGCGCCUACGAGGACGACGACAACUCGGACUGCGACAACGAGUACUGCGACGCCGACGACCGCUAUCCAGGCCACGUCUGCCUCGAGCGGUGUACUGGCUCGCCCACACCCCGCUCACACGCGUCUGGCUCCGCCACCCCAAGUCUGUCGUAUGCGUCCAGCGACGACGACGACGAGUCUGUCCAGGACGAAGACGAGCCCGGAGACGACGAAGACGACGGUAUCAUCUGGUUUGGCCGCCGCGAACCUCCUUCCCCCGAGCGCGUCACCCUCUUCUACGCCUGGGUCGGCCACUCGCUCACGCAGGAGACCACCCGCUCAGCCCUCCUCACCCAGCGCACACAUCACCUCUGGACACGCCUGGCCCUCCUCUGGCGUCUCCGCCGUCACCGUUCCAUGAAGAGCGGACCAAGUAUCGGCCCCAGCUUUGGCGCCGCGGCAGCCACCACCGCACGAGUCAAGUGA